AUGUCGGAGGCAACCGUCGACACCGACUUCUUCAGGGACGAGGCGCAGAUUGCCCCUCCUGGAAGGAGCGGAUCUUCGUAUCGAGGUCCCUCUCUCUCUCUCUCUCUCUCUAAGAUUCAAGCUCUCCGGUCUGAUGAAUCCGCCGCAACUUAUUUCGCCGAUCGUUUUAAUUUCCAGGGAUCCAGAGCGUGGUCUCCAGGAUAAGCCCGCAGCUCCUCGUGACGGUGAUGGAUGCCACCGCCCCGGGGGGGCCUUUCAAUAGAACCGCCCGCCGGGGCCAAUCAGGGACGACUCCGCUGACCAUCUUCUUCAAUGGCAGUGUCACAGCCUUCGACGUCACUCCGGACGAGGUUUGAACCUUUCUCUUCCUUCGUGGUUCCCCCCCGGUCGUGAAGGCGUAACGGUAAUCAUACUCCUCCACCGUGCGACUCCAGGCAGAGCGAAUUAUUAGGUUGGUAGAGGCUUCGACGUCCAGGGCUCGCGUGGACGGCGGUGGCCGUGCAGAGGAAGGUGAGGUUGACUUAGGAGGACGUCAGCGCGUGCUAAUCUGUCUUCCCGAUACGUUCUUGAUGCGCCCUCCCCUCUUAUUCGUGUAGAUCUACCCAUUGCAAGGAGAAAGUCACUCCGUAGGUUCAUGGAGAAACGCAAGGAGAGGUACUGGCCAGUGAACACCUCCUCUCUCUCUCUCUCUCGCUCUUCUCUUAGGACGUGUCUUUAACUUGGCCUUUUUGUUAUUCCGCGUGGCAGGUUGGCGUCAUUUUCGCCCUAUCGUCGGUGAAAGUCGCUGGUAGGAAACAGGAUCAAGAAACGUUCAUCAGCUGUGGCAAUUUUCCCAGAAACUGGACAUUGGCGCCUGCCUACGACAGGACGGUCCUGUGAAUCCGGAUCUUAUUCGCCAAGAUGGAGGGAUCCGUUUGGUUAGCUUCGCACGUGCUUCGGACACGCCGGCUUUGGCUUAAAGCCGGGUCGACGCUUAGGGAUUUAGAAUAAGAUAAGGCCAAUACAGCAGAUCUUCACUAAACACUGCCCAACCUACGUCUCUCUCUCUCUCUCUCUCUCUCUCGUGCGACUGGGCUUGUGCUUGGGCUUCAAGUAGACUCAGCUUGGAUGUGCACUUCUCUCAUCGUUUCUGGGUUGACUCGCAUUUCAUUCUUCAAAAGCAGUAAUUUCUGCACCGAUUCUGACCUCGACUGACGUGAUUUGAGAUUGCAUGAUUCUCGAAAUAAUCAUCUAAUGGAAUUUAUGGAUAAUAAAAAAAUUAGGAAACCAAGGACCAUAUGAGCUUAACCAGUCCGCUCUCCUGCUGGGCUCAACAGGGCCAAAACCCUCCCAAACUCGGACUCGAUUGGAUGAGUGACGGAAAAUGGAUCCACUGCCGAUUCUGAUAUUUUAUUGGACAAGCUUCAAGCGGUCUUGCCAGCCGUGACGAGUCCACAUUGA